AGCCGCGCCCGCCCUUAGGGGCUCGCAGGCCGCGCGCCCAAUUUGCCGGUGCGCUCUCCGCGUGCACGUGCAGUGUCCAGGCGCGCGCAGACCCCGGGAGGGCGCCACCGGAGACCCUGUUCGGGGCCGGACGAUUCCGCGGGCUUCCGGGCCUCCGGCAGUGGGUUCGGCUGUGCCCUGGUCCGCUGACACUCGCAGCGCACGGCUGAGUCACGGGCCGGCGCCCUCCGCAGCGCUUUCUGGCAGGCUGGGGUGGGGGCAGGUGGUCCCUGGACUUCAGCUAGAGCUAGGUGCAGGUUCCUGGUCCAGAGCGCUAGCUGGGACACACCAUUCAGCUUAGGGACUCAGAGCCCUGGUCCCAUCAUCUCUGGGGCCCCCAUAGGAACCUGUCUUUUCAUUCCCUUUACUGGUACUCUGCCCUUGGGCAAGCACCUUAGGCUGAAGCUGGUACCAAACAGCCUUCGCCGCCGCUGCUACCGCCCUCCUCCUCUUCCUCCUCCUCCUCCUCUUCCUCCACCACUACCACCACCACCACCACCACCACCUUCUCCUCCCUUCAUCUCCUUUCCUAACCCAUCCUGGCAAGUCACAACCCUUACUCCUGCUUUCUCAUCCCUGGGAAUGUCCUUGUUGUGUGGACUCAACCUGUUAAAUCCCAGCACCCUUUGGGGCCAGUUUCUCCUGAGGCUGCUCCUCUGAUUUCUCCUGCCUUGGGCCUCUCUUGGGGCUGGGUUCUGCUGAGCUUCUUAGUACCUGUCUAGGCCAGGCAGGGUAUAAAGAGUGUUGGGGUACGAGUCCUGUGUGAGGAGCAGGAUGCCAGGCACGGAUGGCGUUUGCAGUGUUGGUUUUCAUCCCAGUCCCUGGAAGAGCAAGGGCAUCCAGAGAGUCCUGGGCCAGCAAGAGUGUCCGAGGGCCCUUGGGAUUUUCCAGGAUGGAGACAAGAGAGUGCAGGACCUAAAAGAAGGGCCUUAACCAGCUCAUACCCAGGGACCCCUUGGGCAGCAACACUCCACCUAUGUUCUUUGAGUACUUUAGAUUCAUAAUAAGAAACUCUGGUCUGUAGGCAGGGUGGGUAGCAGUCAUCACCACAGCCUGGCAGAAUUCCCGUGGGCACCUGGCCCUGGCUGAUUGCCAGGACUGGGUACAUUCUCUGUUCUGGUUGGCUGGUGUGGGGUCUGAAGGGGCAGCCCUGUGACUAUAGCUUUUGAGUCCCUGGGAAGAAGGGACACAGAGUGUAUGUAGGCAUGCCUUAGUGCUAGCUAGCCCAAAGUUGCUUAUCAGGAACACCCCUCAGGGCUUGGGAAUAGAGGCCACAACAUAGUUCCUGCCACAGCAAGUUGGGAGAAGAGUCCAGCUGUGUGACAGUCAGUUGGAGGUGCCCGUUGCCUUUUCCCUAGGACUGACCCCUGCCUGUUAUGUGGAUCUGUUGGGUUUUCCUGAAUUCGCAUGCUUCAACAUUCCCAGAGACCAAUUAGACCACAGAGGAGAUCCAUAACCUAUGGCUGAGCUACCAGCAGUGGCUGUCUUCUUCCAGGAAGACAGUUUUUGCUGGUGUCAGGGGUGUGCCCAUGCAAAGCUUGUGAUCUGGAGGGGACCUCAGGACUUCUGCCCUGCUUGCUUCCUUCGCUCAAGUACUACCCUGCCUUGUUGUAGGGACAUGGGUAGUACAUGGGACAUGGGUCCACCCUGGCACCCUUAGGAGGAUCACCAGUAUAGAGUAGUUGUGGUGGAAGCUAACAUCACACGUGGGUAUCACCUGCUACCCUCCCCAUCCCCCAUCACAGCGAGCACAAGGCUGCUCAGGCCCAGGGUGAGCAUGGAGAUAUUGGGGCAGUGUGGAAGCACGGGACUUGUCUUGAGAGACAGAAUCCCUAGGUCACUUGCGGUCACCUAGGUAAGACAGGUAGCGCUGGACCUGUGCUGUGAGCCUGUAACCAGAUGCCCCUCUGUUGCCCUCCGCCUCCCAGCUAGGACUCUUUCUCCCAGCAGCUCAUGCGCAGCCGUUGCUAUAGUGAUAGGGGAGCCAGCCUGGCCUGCGCUGCAGUUACUCGGGCAGAGGUGCCCAGGGCAGGGCAGAUGUGCCUGUGGUCGGGUAAGUGUGGGUAGGGCUGUCUCUUGAGCUGUGACCCCUGCUACUCUGUAUGCGUGAGACACCGUGUCCUGCAGCCCUGGGUGUACAUACCACCUCCUCAACUGGCCCUGGACUCCAUCCUGGCUGGAGAGGAGGUGGAGGCUGGCACAGGCUGAGGCGGGUGAGGGUAUAGACAACACAGCAGGGUGUUCUGAUCACAGAGAGCUAUUGUCAGCACAGUGGGCACAACCAGGGACAAGCUGGGCACGGACCCACACCACUCCUGGGAGGGGCUUCAGAGUCUGCUUCAGAUGGUGACGAGGGUGAAGGAGACCUGAGGCGGAAGAGCCAUGGAGGAGGACGGCUUCUGCAGGGCUGACCCUCUCUUUCCUGGGAUCUUAGAGGCAGGAGCUCCCAGUCUAUUUCCUGGACUUCCUCCCUGAGCUGAGGUGGGGGCAGGAAUUGGUAAAGCCCCUUUUUCUCCACAUGGUAUGGGAGUCCUGGGCAGGCAGUGGACAGACUGCAUGUGGCCUCAUGUGGCCCACCCUUUCCAGUGGGUCCUGGCUUUUGAGAUCUUCAUCCCGCUUGUCCUCUUCUUCAUCCUGUUGGGACUGCGGCAGAAGAAGCCCACCAUCUCUGUGAAGGAAGUCUCUUUCUACACCGCAGCACCGCUGACAUCAGCCGGCAUCCUGCCCGUCAUGCAGUCGCUUUGCCCUGAUGGCCAGCGUGAUGAGUUUGGCUUCCUGCAAUAUGCCAACUCCACGGUCACCCAGCUUCUGGAACGCCUCCACCGUGUAGUGGAGGAGGGCAAUUUGUUCGACCCAGUGCGACCCAGCCUGGGCUCAGAGCUCGAGGCUCUGCGCCAACGUCUGGAGGCCCUCAGCUCAGGCCCUGGCACCUGGGAGAGUCACUCAGCCAGACCUGCAGUUUCAUCCUUCUCUCUGGACUCGGUGGCCAGGGACCAGAGAGAGCUUUGGCGUUUCCUGAUGCAGAACCUGUCACUGCCCAACAGCACGGCCCAAGCCCUCCUAGCUGCCCGUGUGGACCCUUCCGAGGUCUAUCGCUUGCUUUUUGGUCCUUUGCCUGACCUGGAUGGAAAGUUGGGUUUCCUUAGGAAGCAGGAGCCCUGGAGCCGCCUGGGUAGCAAUCCUCUGCUCCAAAUGGAGGAGCUGCUGCUGGCUCCUGCCCUUUUGGAACAGCUCACAUGUGCUCCAGGUUCUGGGGAACUGGGCCGGAUUCUUACCAUGCCUGAGGGUCAUCAGGUAGACCUUCAGGGCUACCGGGAUGCUGUGUGCAGUGGGCAGGCUACAGCUCGUGCCCAGCGCUUCAGCGAUUUGGCCGCUGAGCUCAGGAACCAGCUGGACACAGCCAAGAUUGCUCAGCAGCUGGGCUUCGAUGUCCCCAACGGCUCAGAUCCCCAGCCACAGGCACCGUCCCCACAGAGCCUGCCGGCACUCUUAGGGGACCUGCUGGAUGCCCAGAAACUUCUGCAGGAUGUGGAUGUCCUAUCAGCCCUUGCCCUGCUGCUGCCUCAAGGUGCCUGUGCUGGCCAGGCCUCUGCACCUCAAGCCAGCAGCCUGAAUGGCCUGGCCAACAGCACCGGGAUAGGUGCAAAUUCAGGUUCCAACACCACUGUUGAGGAGGGCACCCAGUCACCUGUCAGCCCAGCCUCUCCUGACACUCUGCAAGGGCAGUGCUCAGCCUUUGUGCAGCUCUGGGCUGGCUUGCAACCCAUCUUGUGUGGCAACAACCGCACCAUCGAGCCUGAAGCGCUUCGGAGAGGCAACAUGAGCUCCCUGGGUUUUACAAGCAAGGAACAGCGGAACUUGGGCCUUCUAGUGCACCUCAUGACCAGCAACCCCAAAAUCCUGUACGCACCAGUGGGCUCUGAAGCGGACCGCGUUAUCCUCAAGGCAAAUGAGACCUUUGCCUUUGUGGGCAACGUUACACACUACGCCCAGGUCUGGCUCAACAUCUCCACAGAGAUCCGAAGCUUCUUGGAGCAAGGCAGGCUGCAGCAGCAUCUGCAGUGGUUACAGCAGUAUGUAGCUGAUCUUCAGCUACACCCUGAAGCAAUGAACCUGUCCCUGGAGGAGCUGCCACCUGCUCUGCGCCAGGACUUCUCACUGCCUAAUGGCACAGCCCUCCUGCAACAGCUUGACACAAUAGACAACGCAGCCUGUGGCUGGAUCCAGUUCAUGUCCAAGGUGAGUGUGGACAUCUUCAAGGGAUUUCCUGAUGAGGAGAGCAUCGUGAACUACACUCUCAAUCAGGCCUACCAGGACAAUGUCACAGUGUUUGCCAGCGUGAUCUUCCAGACACGGAAGGACGGCUCCCUCCCUCCACAUGUACAUUACAAGAUUCGCCAGAAUUCAAGCUUCACUGAGAAAACCAAUGAGAUCCGCCGUGCUUAUUGGCGUCCAGGGCCCAACACCGGUGGUCGCUUCUACUUCCUCUAUGGCUUCGUCUGGAUCCAGGACAUGAUGGAGCGCGCCAUCAUCAACACAUUUGUGGGGCAUGACGUGGUCGAACCUGGCAACUACGUGCAGAUGUUCCCAUACCCCUGCUACACCCGUGACGACUUCCUGUUUGUCAUUGAACACAUGAUGCCAUUGUGCAUGGUGAUCUCCUGGGUCUACUCUGUGGCCAUGACCAUCCAGCAUAUUGUGGCAGAGAAAGAGCACAGGCUCAAGGAGGUGAUGAAGACGAUGGGCCUGAACAACGCCGUGCACUGGGUGGCCUGGUUCAUCACGGGCUUUGUGCAGCUGUCUAUCUCCGUGACAGCUCUGACCGCCAUCCUCAAGUACGGCCAGGUGCUCAUGCACAGCCACGUGCUCAUUAUCUGGCUCUUCCUUGCCGUCUACGCUGUGGCCACUAUCAUGUUUUGCUUCCUGGUGUCUGUGCUGUACUCUAAGGCUAAGUUGGCCUCAGCCUGUGGCGGUAUCAUCUACUUCCUGAGCUACGUUCCCUACAUGUAUGUAGCGAUCCGCGAGGAGGUAGCCCAUGACAAGAUCACUGCCUUCGAGAAGUGCAUUGCGUCCCUGAUGUCCACAACAGCCUUUGGCCUGGGUUCCAAGUACUUUGCACUGUAUGAAGUGGCAGGAGUGGGCAUCCAGUGGCACACGUUCAGCCAGUCCCCAGUGGAAGGAGAUGACUUCAAUCUGCUCCUUGCUGUCACCAUGCUUAUGGUGGACACGGUGGUCUACGGCGUGCUCACUUGGUACAUUGAGGCUGUGCACCCAGGUAUGUAUGGGCUGCCCCGGCCCUGGUACUUCCCGCUACAGAAGUCCUAUUGGCUGGGCAGUGGGCGGACAGAAGCCUGGGAGUGGAGCUGGCCAUGGGCACACACACCGCGCCUCAGCGUUAUGGAGGAGGACCAGGCCUGUGCCAUGGAGAGCCGGCACUUCGAGGAGACCCGCGGCAUGGAGGAGGAGCCCACCCACCUGCCCUUGGUCGUCUGUGUGGACAAGCUCACCAAGGUCUAUAAGAAUGACAAGAAGAUGGCCUUAAACAAACUGAGCCUCAAUCUGUAUGAGAAUCAGGUGGUCUCUUUCCUAGGCCACAACGGGGCCGGCAAGACCACGACCAUGUCGAUCCUGACUGGACUGUUCCCACCCACGUCGGGCUCAGCCACUAUCUAUGGGCACGACAUCCGCACCGAGAUGGAUGAGAUCCGCAAGAACCUGGGCAUGUGCCCACAGCACAACGUGCUCUUUGACCGGCUCACGGUGGAGGAGCACCUCUGGUUCUACUCACGCCUCAAAAGCAUGGCACAGGAGGAGAUCCGCAAAGAGACGGACAAGAUGAUUGAGGACCUGGAACUCUCUAACAAGCGGCACUCACUGGUGCAGACGUUGUCUGGAGGCAUGAAGCGCAAGCUUUCGGUAGCCAUUGCCUUUGUGGGUGGCUCUAGAGCCAUUAUCUUAGACGAGCCCACGGCUGGCGUGGACCCCUAUGCUCGCCGUGCCAUCUGGGACCUCAUUCUGAAGUACAAGCCGGGCCGCACUAUCCUCCUGUCUACCCAUCACAUGGAUGAGGCUGACCUGCUGGGGGAUCGCAUUGCCAUCAUCUCCCAUGGGAAGCUCAAAUGCUGUGGCUCUCCCCUCUUCCUCAAGGGAGCCUAUGGCGAUGGGUACCGCCUCACAUUGGUCAAGCAGCCUGCAGAACCUGGCACCUCCCAAGAGCCAGGGCUGGCUUCCAGCCCCUCAGGUUGUCCUCGGCUGAGCAGCUGCUCGGAGCCGCAAGUGUCCCAGUUCAUCCGCAAGCAUGUGGCUUCCUCCCUGCUGGUCUCAGACACGAGCACCGAGCUCUCCUACAUCCUGCCCAGCGAGGCCGUCAAGAAGGGGGCCUUCGAGCGCCUCUUUCAGCAACUGGAACACAGCCUGGAUGCGCUCCAUCUGAGCAGUUUUGGGCUGAUGGACACAACUCUGGAGGAGGUGUUCCUCAAGGUGUCUGAAGAAGAUCAGUCACUGGAGAACAGCGAGGCUGAUGUGAAGGAGUCCCGGAAGGAUGUGCUGCCUGGGGCAGAGGGCCUGACAGCUGUGGGGGGUCAAGCUGGCAACCUGGCUCGGUGCUCAGAGCUGGCACAGUCACAGGCAUCGCUGCAGUCUGCAUCCUCUGUGGGCUCUGCCCGUGGGGAGGAGGGCACCGGCUACUCUGAUGGCUACGGUGACUACCGUCCCCUCUUUGACAACUUGCAGGACCCAGACAAUGUCAGCUUACAAGAGGCAGAGAUGGAGGCCCUGGCUCAGGUGGGCCAGGGCAGCCGCAAACUCGAGGGCUGGUGGCUGAAGAUGCGGCAGUUCCAUGGGCUCCUGGUGAAGCGCUUCCACUGUGCUCGUCGGAACUCCAAAGCUCUCUGCUCUCAGAUUCUGCUGCCUGCCUUCUUUGUCUGUGUGGCCAUGACUGUGGCGUUGUCUGUCCCUGAGAUUGGUGACCUACCUCCACUGGUCCUGUCACCCUCUCAGUACCACAACUACACCCAGCCCCGUGGCAACUUUAUCCCUUAUGCCAAUGAGGAACGCCAGGAGUACCGAUUACGGCUGUCACCUGAUGCCAGCCCCCAGCAGCUGGUGAGCACAUUCCGGCUGCCCUCUGGUGUGGGUGCCACUUGUGUGCUCAAGUCUCCUGCCAACGGCUCCCUGGGACCCAUGCUGAACUUAAGCAGUGGAGAGUCCCGCCUGCUGGCGGCACGGUUCUUCGACAGUAUGUGCCUGGAGUCCUUCACACAGGGGCUGCCACUGUCCAACUUCGUGCCACCUCCGCCCUCACCCGCCCCUUCUGACUCACCCGUGUCCCCAGAUGAGGAUUCACUGCAAGCCUGGAACAUGUCCCUGCCACCUACUGCUGGGCCAGAGACGUGGACGUCGGCGCCUUCUCUGCCACGCCUAGUGCAUGAGCCAGUCCGCUGUACCUGCUCUGCACAGGGCACGGGGUUCUCAUGCCCCAGCAGUGUGGGUGGACACCCACCCCAGAUGAGAGUGGUCACAGGUGACAUCCUGACUGACAUCACUGGCCACAAUGUUUCUGAGUACCUGCUCUUCACCUCUGACCGUUUCCGACUACACCGAUAUGGAGCCAUCACCUUUGGUAAUGUUCAGAAGUCUAUCCCAGCAUCCUUUGGUGCCCGGGUCCCUCCUAUGGUGCGGAAGAUUGCAGUGCGGAGGGUGGCUCAGGUGCUCUACAAUAACAAGGGCUACCACAGCAUGCCCACCUACCUCAACAGCCUCAACAAUGCCAUUCUGCGUGCAAACCUACCCAAAAGCAAGGGCAAUCCAGCAGCCUAUGGCAUCACCGUCACCAACCACCCCAUGAACAAGACCAGUGCUAGCCUCUCCCUGGAUUACCUACUGCAGGGCACAGAUGUGGUCAUCGCCAUCUUCAUCAUUGUGGCCAUGUCCUUCGUGCCAGCCAGCUUUGUGGUCUUCCUUGUGGCAGAGAAAUCCACCAAGGCCAAACACCUGCAGUUCGUCAGCGGGUGCAACCCUGUCAUCUACUGGCUGGCCAACUACGUGUGGGACAUGCUCAAUUACCUGGUCCCAGCCACCUGCUGCGUGAUCAUCCUCUUUGUCUUUGACUUACCUGCCUACACAUCACCCACCAACUUCCCCGCGGUGCUCUCCUUGUUCCUGCUCUAUGGGUGGUCCAUCACACCCAUCAUGUACCCAGCCUCCUUCUGGUUUGAGGUCCCUAGCUCAGCCUACGUGUUCCUCAUCGUCAUCAACCUCUUCAUCGGCAUCACAGCCACGGUGGCCACUUUCCUUCUGCAGCUUUUUGAGCAUGACAAGGAUCUGAAGGUUGUCAACAGUUACCUGAAAAGCUGCUUCCUCAUCUUCCCCAACUACAACCUGGGCCACGGGCUCAUGGAGAUGGCCUACAAUGAGUACAUCAACGAAUACUACGCCAAGAUUGGCCAGUUUGACAAGAUGAAGUCCCCGUUCGAGUGGGACAUUGUCACACGUGGACUGGUGGCCAUGACAGUCGAGGGCUUCGUGGGAUUCUUCCUCACCAUCAUGUGCCAGUAUAACUUCCUACGGCAGCCACAACGCCUGCCUGUGUCUACUAAACCUGUGGAAGACGAUGUGGAUGUGGCUAGUGAGCGACAGAGAGUGCUCCGUGGCGAUGCUGACAAUGACAUGGUCAAGAUUGAGAACCUGACCAAGGUGUACAAGUCUCGGAAGAUUGGCCGGAUCCUGGCAGUGGACCGCCUUUGCCUGGGUGUGCGCCCUGGAGAGUGCUUUGGGCUCCUUGGUGUCAAUGGUGCAGGGAAGACCAGCACCUUCAAGAUGCUGACUGGAGAUGAGAGCACAACUGGGGGAGAGGCCUUUGUCAAUGGACACAGCGUGCUCAAGGACCUGCUCCAGGUACAGCAGAGCCUUGGCUACUGCCCGCAGUUUGAUGCCCUGUUUGAUGAGCUCACGGCUCGUGAACACCUGCAGCUGUACACGCGGCUGCGUGGCAUCCCCUGGAAGGAUGAGGCACAGGUAGUGAAGUGGGCCCUAGAGAAGCUGGAACUGACAAAGUAUGCAGACAAGCCAGCUGGCACCUACAGUGGAGGCAACAAACGGAAGCUUUCCACAGCCAUUGCCCUCAUUGGGUACCCUGCCUUCAUCUUUCUAGAUGAGCCCACCACUGGCAUGGACCCUAAGGCCCGGCGCUUCCUGUGGAACCUCAUUCUGGACCUCAUCAAGACGGGACGUUCGGUGGUGCUGACGUCACACAGCAUGGAGGAGUGUGAGGCUCUGUGCACACGCUUGGCCAUCAUGGUGAACGGGCGGCUGCGCUGCCUGGGCAGCAUCCAGCACCUUAAGAACAGGUUUGGGGAUGGCUACAUGAUUACUGUAAGGACCAAAAGCAGCCAGAACGUGAAGGACGUGGUGCGGUUCUUCAACAGGAACUUCCCAGAGGCCAUGCUCAAGGAAAGACACCAUACGAAGGUGCAGUAUCAGCUCAAGUCAGAGCACAUCUCGCUGGCUCAGGUGUUCAGCAAGAUGGAGCAGGUGGUGGGUGUGCUGGGCAUCGAGGAUUACUCAGUCAGCCAGACCACCCUGGAUAACGUGUUUGUGAACUUUGCGAAGAAGCAGAGUGAUAAUGUGGAGCAGCAAGAGGCUGAGCCCUCGUCCUUGCCGUCCCCCCUUGGACUGCUCAGCCUGCUGAGGCCCCGCCCCGCACCCACAGAGCUCCGGGCAUUGGUGGCUGAUGAGCCAGAGGACCUGGACACAGAGGAUGAAGGCCUCAUCAGCUUCGAGGAAGAGCGGGCCCAGCUCUCCUUCAACACUGAUACGCUCUGCUGACCAUCAAGAGCCACAUCAGGGAUGCAGCUGUGUGGGGCAGAUGUCAGGCGGUGGCCGUGGCCCCUAGUCACACAUGCCAGGCCCUGGAAAGGCAGGUUCAGGACCAAAGGGCUCCUGCCCUCCUCCCAACUACCAUCCUCCCCGAAUUGUGCCAAAGGCUGGCCUGGCCCUGGGCUGCACAUACCCUCACCCUGCUUUGCCUUAAAGCCUUGGGUCCUGGCCCAGCCCCUUACCCUGCCCAGCACCAUCCACCUUCCCAGGGUGACAUGGGCUGCCCCAAGUAUCCUGUGACUCUUCUCUGCAGCGGCCGCAAGUCUACCCAGGCCAGCAUCUUGCACAGAUGUCUUUUCAUGGACACCCUUGACUGCAGUUGGGGAUGGGGCAGCUUGCCUAUUUAUUUUGCUUUAAGAGCCUCCCUCACUUGGCUGUGGUACAGAAGUUAGGCUACCAUGGGAAGCCGUGAAUGUGGCUGCCUCAGCCCUGGUGGAAUGACAGGAACGGAGAAGCUGGGCUUGCUGGCUAGGGGAGGGGCCACUGUUCCCUCCCUACCCCCUCAAUCUGCCUUUGCUCUCCCGUCCAGCUUGGCCCUUCCUGCCACCCACAUGGGAGCAGGACUUUGUAUAUAGCACACAGAUGUUUGUUUUCAAUAAAUAAGCAAAAAG